UUUGUGGGAGGAGGUUGCUGAUGACAACUGACAGAAUAAGCGAAGAGAGUGUACAAGGAAAAUAUACUGUUUAAUAAGAAGAGGAAGGAAAGAGUGUACACGACUGCUGUGGGAGGGUCACUUUAAGACCGUUAUAGAAAGAAAGGUUUGGGACUUGGAUAUAGAGCAGCUGGUGAUCAGGAAAUGCCACAGUCUGGCUAUUAAGAGAAGAAAGCAAGUUACAAAUAAUGGAUGACACAGAGUAUGGCAGUUUUGUGGAGUGGGAUAAGAUGGAAAUUGGGGGCCAGGAGCAAAGCCCUAAGGUUCUUAACUGUACAGAUUACCAGGAGUUGAAGCAGCUGGCUCGCCAGGGUUAUUGGGCGAAGAACCAUUCAUUACGAGCCAAAGUAUAUAAAAAACUUAUUAAGGAUAUCCCAUGUCGUUCUGUGACUCCAGAUGCAUGUGUUUACCGUGACAUAGUAGGUAAAAUUGUGAACAAACGUAGUGCAAAUUCUCUACCUCUUCCUGAACUUGUAGAUGACCGUCCAAUUCCAAGCUACUGUCUGAAUUCUGAAGGUAUUGGAGCUGUGAGAAAAAUCACUUUAUGUAUUGGAAAUCAAUUUCCAGAUAUUUCCUUUUGUCCUUCUCUGCCUUCAUUGGUGGCAUUGCUUCUUCAUUAUAGCAAUGAUGAAGCAGAGUGCUUUGAAAAUGUGUCUCGAAUUUUGGCUUGUAAUGACCCCAACAGACGUCUGGUUGAUCAGACUUUCUUAGCUUUUGAGUCUUCUUGCAUGACGUUUGGAGAUCUUGCUGGAAAAUAUUGUCAGGGGCCACACAAACUUAUGGUAGCAGUAUCUGAAGAUGUACUUGAGGUGUACUCAGACUGGCAAAGAUGGCUCUUCGGAGAUCUUCCCUUCACUUACAUAACCCGUGUGUUUGAUAUAUUUUUAGUUGAGGGUUACAAAGUACUCUUUAGAGUUGCUUUGGCCCUUCUUAAAUUCUUCCACAAAGUCAGAGGUGGUCAGCCUAUGGAAUCAGAAAAUGUAAAAAGAGACAUCCAGACAUUUGUAAGAGAAAUUAGUAAGUCUGUUUCUCCUGAAAAGCUAUUAGAGAAGGCCUUUUCUAUUAGACUUUUUUCCCGCAAAGAGAUCCAGUUGUUACAAAUGGCAAAUGAAAAGGCCCUAAUGCAGAAAGGAAUCACAGUAAAACAAAAGAGAAUAUCCACUCCUGUAAGACAGAAUGUCCACCUUGCUGUCCAUGCUGAAAACUUCAGCUCGGAAAUUGUAAGUGUGAAAGAAAUGCGUGACAUCUGGUCAUGGAUCCCAGAAAGAUUUGCUCUGUCUCAGCCACUACUGCUCUUCACCAACCAGGAGCAUGGUAACAGUCUCAGCAGGUUUUACUUACAUUGUGAAGGACAUGAGCCUACACUGCUUUUGAUCAAAACGACUAACAAUGAGGUAUGUGGUGCUUACCUCUCAACGGACUGGAGUGAGCGGAAAAAAAGUGGAAACAAGCUUAGCUUUUUUGGCACUGGAGAGUGCUUUGUAUUUCGGCUACAACCAGAGGUAGAGCGUUAUGAGUGGGUGAUUAUAAAGCACCCAGAGCUUGGUAGAACACCUGAUGCAUCCACUGCAAAAGAAGCUAACUCUUCUCAGGAGUCUGCAGACAAUCAUGAUCCUACUAGUCGCCUCUCUCCCUUCCUAGCAACCCGUCACUUCAACUUGCCUUCCAAAACAGCCUCAAUGUUUAUGGCGGGAAGCACAGACAGCAUCAUUAUAGGCGGUGGUGAUGGGCAAGCACUGUACCUGGACUCCGACCUGAACUACGGGAGAACAAGUCACUGCAAUACAUUCAACAACCAGCCACUGUGCUCUGAAACCUUCCAGAUCUCCAUUAUUGAAGUGUGGGGUUUCAAAGACAACAUUAACAGUGAUGGCCAUCACUCUGAAGUCCAUUGAACAUUCACAAAAAAUGUCACCACUUUGGAAGUCUCGGGUUGAAUCUGUUGGUAAACCAGAGCAGAAACAAAUGCUUCUACUGUUCAUAUCUGCAACUGGUAGAAGCAUGUGUGAUAUGUUCUAAUUGCUUGUGCUUAAUAAGUCUGUACUUGUGUGUAUAUUAUUUGGUGUACAUAUUUAUACACACACACAGGUGUGCACAAUUCUAAUUUCCUAGUAUUGCCCUACACUUUUUAUUAGACUUGCAAGACUCAAACGUAAAAGAGCACUGAAACAAAUCCAAUAAUAGUUUUCACAAAAAGUCUUAUUUAUUCACAGUCACUUUUAAAUGUGUACACUAUUGAUUAUGUAACAUAAAUUUACUACGUUAUUCAGUCUUUCAAUUGUUUCAUCUUGGGACCAAUGUUAAUUAUAGUCUAAUUUUGUUAGUCAAGUAUAGCCAUAUAACUAUAUAUGAACUAGAUCUGAUAUGCAGUUACUUUCAACCCUAUCUGUUUUUUCAGGUUUAACUUAUUUUACAUUUUUGGGGGGUUUUAUGCACUUUUUCUUUUCCUUAUUCGAUAAACAUUCCAGUUACCUCAUUAUUUGAGUCUUCAUAAAAAGAUCUUUGCUGAACAUUAUUGAAAUCACAGUUUUGCACAUCGUUACAAAAGUACUAUGGUUUAAUUAAAUUGUCUUAUGGGAAAUCAUAUUGGGGGGGAAAAAACAUUCUAGAUUUCAGUAAUAAAAAUACACCUCAGUCUUUUUUUUUUAGUUUGUUGUUAAUCCAUUCCAUGAUACAAGUCGCUUAAUGAAACCAUUUAUUUGUGUUUUUAAAUGUAUAAGAAGGUGACAGAUAACCUUUGAAUAUUAAACGUUAAAAAGAAAAUACA